AGAGACGCGCAGGACCGGCAAGUAUAUGGAACAAUGUUGGCGCUUUACAAAUUGGCUUUACUUUCGUUGUUUGGUCUGCGUUCAUUGAGGUUCGCUUCAUCGUGCAUGUACGAGCUGAUCAUUUUAUCAUGUUUAAUCCGGAUUUAGGGUGAAGUAGCUCACGGGUUCCAGACAACCUGGCUCCAGCAGUCUAAUCUAUGGGCUGAGGGCUGUCUGUUCGGGCAACGAGACAGGUUAAACGCGCGUCUAGAGCGCUCUCUGAUCCUCUGUGAGCGAAAAGAGGCCAACAGUGACGCUGUGCGCAGGAGACCUGGAAGUUCAGCUUCUCUGGGUCCCGCAGACCGACAGAUGCGUGUCCUAAUGAUGCUGGCAUGUUCACACAACAGCGAGCGAGGCAGCGGCAGCAACAGUGUUCUCCAACACCUUUUUAUAAGUCUGAAGUCUUUCCCCUCCACCCGACCUGUUAAAACCACGCCUACAGUGCGACACAAUUGGUCCAAAAGCGUCAAAGAGCCAAUCAACAGCGGGCUGCUGCUCAAAACACGCAACACAUCCACACCACCGAAGCCUAUGGAGUUCAGAAGCACUGGGAAUAUCUCUGUGCUGCACCCUGUGCUCCGCAUAUCGCGCUCUGCUGAAAUGUGUGUGCGGGAGAGAAAGUGUGUGUGUGAGCGUGCGAAGGUGUAUACCUCCAACAAGUAAAGACAGAGGAAUUAUUUCGAGGCAUCGAAAUAUUUCAACACAUCUCUUUGGCGGGACUCGGGACGAUCUCAUUAUUAGCGGAAUGUCUAUUUUACAGGAAUCCGCAAGCUGACACACAGUGACUUGGUCGAUUCUUUUAUUUUUAUUUUCUCGAUUUCAUAGCGCACCGCCAAAAGACAAGCCGCGAAGAUAGCCGUUUCACACUUUCUCUUUUAGAUACUUUGUUGGAAUCCAGCUAGAGAACCAAUUAAGAGACUCACGCGUGGCAGGGACGCUGGACUUGGUGAAGGACUUCUCCGGCGCAGAUAUUAAGCUGAUUGCACAUCGAUUUAAGGAACACCGCAUCUGCUGGCUGGACUUGAAUGAGCUUUCCGAUGAGAGAUCCAGUUAUUCAAGGAUCCAUUAUGGCUUAUCACCCGUUUUUACCUCACCGGGGUCCGGAAUUUGCCAUGAGCGCAAUGCUGGGUCACCAGCCAUCCUUCUUCCCGGCCCUGGCGCUGCCACCUAACGGCUCGCUGUCUCUGCCUGGGGCGCUGGGCAAACCAAUAAUGGAGCAGCUGAUGGGCGCAGCAGAGGCCGGCCUUCACUUCUCCUCGCUGGGACACCACGCCGCCACCGCGCAUCUCCGGCCUCUGAAGACGCUUGAGCCCGAGGACGAGGUGGAAGACGACCCAAAAGUUCACCUCGAAGCCAAGGAACUCUGGGAUCUUUUCCACAAGCGCGGCACAGAAAUGGUCAUCACUAAAUCUGGAAGGCGAAUGUUCCCUCCGUUUAAAGUCCGAUGCACGGGCUUGGACAAAAAGGCCAAAUAUAUUCUGUUGAUGGAUAUUGUUGCGGCUGAUGACUGCAGGUAUAAAUUUCACAACUCUCGCUGGAUGGUGGCAGGAAAGGCUGACCCCGAAAUGCCUAAACGGAUGUACAUCCACCCCGACAGUCCUGCCACUGGCGAGCAAUGGAUGUCUAAAGUCGUCAAUUUUCACAAACUUAAACUGACAAAUAACAUCUCCGACAAGCAUGGAUUUGUAAGUACGAUACUAAACUCCAUGCACAAAUACCAGCCAAGAUUUCACAUUGUGAGAGCCAACGACAUACUGAAACUCCCAUACAGCACGUUCAGGACCUACGUGUUCCCUGAGACAGAUUUCAUUGCUGUCACUGCCUACCAGAACGACAAGAUAACACAACUGAAAAUUGAUCACAAUCCUUUUGCAAAAGGAUUUCGUGACACUGGAAAUGGGAGACGCGAAAAAAGAAAACAGCUGGCUCUGCAAUCGAUGCGUUCGUUUGAGCAGCAGCAGAAAAAAGAAAACGGGACGUCAGAUGAUUCCUCAGGCGAACAAGCGUCCUUCAAAUGCUUUCGCCAGGCUUCGUCUCCUGCGGUCUCAACUGUUGGCCAGAAUACGUUAAAAGAUUUUUGCGACAGUGAUGAAGAUAGCGACGAAGACAAAGAUGGAAACGUGAAAGAGGGGCCAGACUCGAGCAAAAUCUCCACCACGACCGAGGACUCCAAGGAUCACGAUGCGAGUUUAAGCAGAAGCCUGUUUGUGGAAAGUGACUCUGUCCAGCGGAGAACUGAAAAGAUACGGGACUCGCGGCAGAGUCCCAUCACGCUCAUCUCGAGCACCACUCGGUCCGGCGAGGAGCUCAAGAGCCCGGAUCAGGCCAAAACAGACGACUGCCGGACACUGAGCAAAGAAAAUUACAUGCCAUUGACUGUGCAAACAGAUGGCGCUGCGCACUUAAAUCAAAACCACUUGCACAAUUUCGGAUUUCCGCCGGGUUUGGCCGGGCAGCAGUUUUUCAGUCACUUGGGUGGUGCCCAUCCGUUUCUCUUGCACCCUGGUCAGUUCAGCAUGGGAGGCGCUUUCUCAAACAUGGCCGCAGGGAUGGGCCCCAUACUGGCAGCUGUUUCCUCCGGAGGGGUCAGUUCGAUGGACACGAGCAGCAUGCCAUCACCCUCGCAGAGCCUGACGGGAGCACCGCUGCCCUUCCACCUCCAGCAACAUGUCCUGGCCUCGCAGGGUCUGGCUAUGUCUCCCUUUGGAGGUCUCUUCCCGUAUCCCUACACGUACAUGGCCGCCGCAGCAGCUGCUUCAUCCGCCGCUUCUUCAUCGGUUCAUCGUCAUCCGUUUCUAAACGCGGUGCGGCCCCGGUUACGGUACAGCCCUUACUCUUUACCGAGCGUCCCCGACAGCACUUUGCUUACGACGGCUGUGGCGAGCAGUGGCAUGGAUCUGAAGGGAGACGGGGUGACGGCGAGUCUGGACUCUGAGGUCACCAGCCGCUCGUCUGGUUCGGUAUCAGUGUCAACGAAACCCUGCGCCGAGACAGAUUCCCGCAGCGAGCUGCAGAGCAUCCAGCGCCUGGUCAGCGGACUCCAGUCCAAACCGGACAGAGCGCGCAGUGCGUCUCCAUAGACAUCACCGACGAGCAACCCCUGUACACUACGGACCUGCAUCGGAGAAAACGUUUGGACUCAAAAUGCACUUUGGUAAAACAAAUAAACACGUAAAUGUAUGUUGUUCUUUUGUUACAUUAAAACAGUAACUUUGAUUC